CUGGACAAUGUCCCGAGGAAAUGUUUCUCUUAAAGCGGGACAAUGUCCGCGUAUUCGAAGAUAGAUGUACCUGAAUUUAGACACAGCGACGGGACAAAAAAAAAAAAAAAAAAAAAAAAAAAAAGUCAGGUCCUUUGGAGGAGGAGCGGCAAGCUAACCGCAGAUAACCGGAGGUUGUUCCGGAGGUUGCCAGAAAGGGACAAGGGCCUGUAGCGUCCACAGCCGGUCCUCAGUUCCCGCUGGUUCAGCCCCGAGACGACGGCACCAUGGCCGACUGUGAAGAAUCCAAGAAGAUGAACGGCAGUGCUGGCCACUCUUCCCAUCUUUUGGAGCCACCCAAAGAGAGCAUGCAGCUUAAGAAGGAGAUCUCGCUGCUCAACGGAGUCAGCCUGAUCGUAGGGAACAUGAUCGGCUCUGGCAUAUUCGUCUCCCCCAAGGGUGUGCUAAUCUACAGCGCCUCUUACGGGCUGUCGCUAGUCAUCUGGGUCAUUGGGGGCCUGUUCUCUGUGGUGGGGGCCCUCUGCUAUGCCGAGCUGGGCACCACCAUCACCAAAUCAGGGGCAUCUUAUGCAUACAUCCUGGAGUCAUUUGGUGGCUUCAUUGCAUUCAUUCGUCUGUGGACAUCUUUGCUGAUUAUUGAGCCCACCAGCCAGGCGGUCAUUGCCAUUACAUUUGCAAACUACCUGGUGCAGCCGCUCUUUCCAACAUGUGAACCACCAUAUGCAGCAGCCAGGCUCAUCGCUGCAGCGUGUAUAUGCUUACUGACAUUCAUCAACUCUGCCUAUGUAAAGUGGGGCACCCGCGUGCAGGACAUUUUCACCUAUGCCAAGGUGGCAGCCCUCAUCACCAUCAUCAUUACUGGCAUCGUCAAGCUGUGCCAGGGUUACACAACCAACUUUGAAUCAUCCUUUCAGGGAUCGUCUACAGAUCCUGGUGACAUUGCGCUGGCGCUCUACUCUGCCCUCUUCUCCUAUUCCGGCUGGGACACCCUCAACUUUGUUACUGAGGAGAUCAAAAACCCUGAAAGGAACUUGCCUCUGGCCAUCGCCAUCUCUAUGCCCAUUGUCACCAUCAUAUACAUCCUCACCAAUGUGGCCUACUAUGCUGUUUUGGAUGUUAGUGCUAUACUGGCCAGUGAUGCAGUGGCAGUGACAUUUGCAGAUCACACUCUUGGUGUGAUGAGCUGGACCAUCCCCAUUGCUGUGGCUCUGUCCUGCUAUGGAGGCCUCAACGCCUCCAUUAUAGCUGCAUCCAGGUUGUUCUUCGUGGGCUCUCGUGAGGGUCACCUUCCAGACGCUCUGUCCAUGAUCCACAUACAGAGAUUCACUCCGAUCCCAGCUCUGAUCUUCAAUUGUAUCAUGUCACUGAUCUACCUGACAGUGGAGGACGUCUUCCAACUCAUCAACUACUACAGCUUUAGCUACUGGUUCUUCAUGGGUCUGUCCAUCGCCGGGCAGAUCUACCUCCGCUGGAAAGAGCCUGACAGACCCAGACCUCUCAAGUUGACUUUAUUGUACCCGGUGGUGUUCUGUCUGUGUGCUGUUUUCCUGGUGGCAGUUCCUCUAUACAGCGACACCAUCAACUCUCUGAUUGGCAUUGCCAUUGCCCUGUCAGGGGUUCCUGUCUACUUCCUGGGUAUCUAUCUACCAGAGUCCAAACGACCGCCCAUGAUCACCAAGCUACUGGGUUCUCUGACUCACUUCACCCAGUACACCUGCUACUGUGUACUGACAGAGAUGGACAAAAGUGAAUAGCAUCCAUGACACUUCAAAACUUUAACCAGCAGCCUCUGCAUCCUCACAGCUGACAGUCACCAGGGGACCAGACAAGGGAUAAUUCUGUGAAAAAAAGGAUUAUUGUACUGUAUACCACGUUGAAGCGCUCAGACUUCAUUGACUUGUUUUCAACACUGAAAAUGCUGCCACAUGAUGCACACGUUCACUUGCUGAUAUCUCCUGAAAUUCAAGGACAUUCAAGGACUUCAACCGUAAGGAUAGACAGUACUGUUAUACUGCAUAUUGUGGCUAUUGUUAGUUUCAUUUCUUCAUCACAUGACCUCUAUUAUACAACAAGUAGUUCCGACCAAGCUAUCUGAUUGGUCAACUAGACAUUUAGACCGUGCUCAAAUCAGCACACCGUGCUCAUCGCUAAAAAUACUACUCCGCCAUUUCCAUGGCAACAUUAUAACUGCCAGAGCUGGAGCAAAAACCAGUAGGCUACAAGAUAUCUUAUAAACCAGCAAAUUAUCCAACAAAUACUCAUGAAAAUAUAAUAAUAUAUGUUGUUAUAUUCACGAUUUGUGAAAAUAAUCGGGGGGGGGGUUAAUUAAAUCAACUUAAUUUAAUAAAGUUAAGUUAUGGUGCUGUUAGAUUGCUGCUAGACCGCCCCGUUAAUACAGGUGCGUGCCUCGGCGAGCAAACAGUUUUUGUGACCACAGUAAAAAUUUCGUUUUUUGAAACGCCAACAAACAUGGAUUGAAGCAGAAUAUUUCAUCAGAUAAAAACAUGUUUUGAAUUUUGGAAAUGAUAACAUCUAUCUUUUUUUCAAUACAUUCUGACUUUUGGACUUUACAACGCUCUUGAGUUAUUGGAGAUGUUUGGAUCACAUGGAAACUCUGUUCUCGGCGCCACUAGCUUAAAAUUACAUGUGAAGUUCGCGGACGUAGUUGCCAAAUCUAUCCAUGGAGAAUUAUUUUUCAUCAGAUAUCUUAGUUACAACAAGAUUGAGCUAGCACGGCAGUAUUGUGUUUAGAUGUGUGGUAUUUAUUCAGUUUGGGAAAUCCCACGAUCUCUAGAACGCAUUACCUCAAGCUGGCUGGGUGUCUCGGCAGGGACUAGAAAUUUUCUCUGUUGCUAGGUCGUUACUAAGGGUCGGCCUACAUGCUGGAGGAGUAAACUAUGUUACAUCACAUAGGAGUCUACUGACGUUUUUUUUUUCCAUUUAUUAGUCAGAGCCCAUGUAUUUCCAGGGAAACAGAGAUAACACUAGCAAUACUCGCAAUAUUACAUGAGGGGAUGAGCUUUACUGUCAUUAUUGGCCCCGGGGGCGUAGGACUGGGGGGACAAAAGGGACUGAGUAUGCACAAAGAUACUAGAAUGAAUAGCUGUGGAUGCGGGGAGGGGUCCAUAGGGAAUGCCUUUGUACAGGGCUGUGCCAAACGCCCCUGUUUGGCACAGCAGUGAUGCGGUCAGGACCUCACUCUCUGUAACAUAAAGUAGUAUCAUAAAAGUAUCAUAAAUUGUCUAUCAUGUUCAUUUCCUGACUAGGCAUAAAAAGGGAAGAAAAUAUUUUUUGUCUGCUGCUAUGUUAAGAUUUUGAGUCAUCAUCCUAAUGGCAUUGCCUUUGUGUACUUUUAGUGUCAUUGUCUGAUUUUUAUUUUUAAUUCUUUGGUGUAUUUAAUGACUUUUGUGACUGUUUCAAGAACUUUAAGUUCAGUUGUGUAACCUUUGCACUUCCAAAUGGUCUCAAGUAAAAAAAAGAAGAAAAAAAAAUCCUCCUAUACUAAA